AUGGAUCCCUCUACAUACACAGAUCCUCAGCUCACUUACCAGGAUCGAUUGGUGAUCGAUGCCAUUGUUGACCAGCCAAGCUCCAGCCCAGAUGACAAGUCAAAUGCACCAUCGGAGAAGCUGAGUACGGAAGAGACCAUCCAAAAACUUCACAAUCUCAACGAUCCUUCUCAUGUGGAAUUUGAUCCCACGGUGUCUCAAUUCUGGGAUACCCCGCUGUUGCGGGCCAAGUUACCGGCGUCUGUCCAGAAAUACGUGCUCACGCCAUACAUCAACUGGGCCAAAGGCAUCGUGCGCCACGAAACUGACGUGGUCAUGGUAACACAUCUGAUUCUAUACUUCACGACUAUUGUGCCCAGUGCUGCAUUCUUAUAUUACCGUUUCUCGUACCUCCAUGGUGCCCUGCAUUGGCUCAUGCAGGGGUUCUAUUGCGGCGCUUUCACCUUGAUGAAACAUCAACACAUCCACAUGAAUGGAGUCCUGACGUCAAAAUUAUAUCUUUUCGACACCUUGUUCCCAUACCUGUUGGAUCCCCUGCAUGGACACACCUGGAACUCUUACUUCUACCACCACAUCAAGCACCAUCAUGUCGAGGGGAACGGCGGAGAUGAUCUGAGCACGACGAUGUUCUACGACCGUGAUAGCAUCCCCGACUUCCUCACUUAUGUCGGUCGCUUCAUCUUCUUCAUUUGGAUCGAGCUCCCAUUGUACUUUUGGAGGAAGGGGCAGUUCAAGUACGCACUCCGAUGUGCCUUUUGGGAGGUCGGCAACUAUGUUGCCAUCUAUAUGCUCUACAACUACGUUAACGCCCGCGCUACCACAUUCGUGCUCAUUCUUCCUCUCACUGUCAUGCGCUUGGGCUUGAUGGUCGGUAACUGGGGCCAGCAUGCUUUGGUGGAUCCGGCCGAUCCUGAUUCGGAUUACUUGUCGAGUAUCACAUUGAUCGAUGUUCCGAGUAACCGAUUCUCUUACAAUGAUGGCUACCACACUUCUCACCACUUGAACCCUCGCCGCCACUGGAGAGACCACCCCGUGGCAUUCCUCAAACAAAAGGACCGCUAUGCCGAGGAAAACGCCCUGGUUUUCCGAAAUGUCGAUUAUAUCUUCAUCACUGUGAACCUUCUUCGGAAAAACUACGAUUACCUUGCCAAAUGUCUGAUUCCUAUCGGCGAUCAAGUCAAGCUGACGCACGAGGAACGAGUGGAAAUGCUGCGUCGGCGGACGCGAAAAUUCCCCAAGUCGUAUUCGAAAAAGACCGAGUAG